GAAUCACCGAGCUGAUUGGUUAUCAGCCAAAGGCAAUGCUUGGACACACUUCUUAUGAGUUCUACCACUCACUCGAUACCGAUCACAUGACCAAGACGCACCGUAUCUUGCUGAGUAAGGGGCAGGUUAUUUCGGCUCAGUACCGGUUUCUGGCCUGUGGUGGGGGUUACGUUUGGCUGCAGACACAGGCCAGCACCAUCUACAGCAGGAACAACCAACCUCAGUGUAUCAUCUGCAUCAACUCCGUGCUCAGCAAUGUGGUGGAGGACUCUGUCACCUUCUCGUUGGAUCAGACUAGACUCCAGACUCCUGAUACCCACCUGGAGGACAGCCAGCACCUCCUGACCCAGCCAGAGGAGAAUCGGAAGAAAUUGGAUGAGCUGGCACCAGUUCCUGGAGAUACCAUCAUUCCCCUGGACUUGGCAGGUACCCAAGGUCCGACAGAUGCGAAAGCGUUUCACUUCACCAGAAGGCUCCCGGAGAAUCACCAGGCAACCCUAGCCCCGGAGGAAUUCUGCAGCCCCGCGCUCUGCAAGCUUCUGUCGCCAAUCUUUGAUAGCCCAGAGUCGAGCAGGUCCAGCACAGACUCUGAGACACUCAGCAAGCCACCGGAGAGGGCAAAGGAGGACACUGCAGCAGCAGAGGGUACGGUCCCCAAACCAGGCAGAUGUGAGACCUCCGGCAUGAACAUCAAGCAGCCUGAGAAUAACCUGAUUGCAAUCGAUAGCAAAACUCUGCAAACCGAGACAAACCAGGAACCGAUGGAGCUGGACCUGGAGAUGUUAGCACCGUACAUCUCCAUGGACGAGGACUUCCAGCUGAGCAGCUUUGAGUGUGCAGAAGACAAGGACAGUCAGGUCUUUCCUGACGUUCACCCAGACUCCCAUGGACAAAGUGCCGCAGCGACAGACUCUGAUGGCUUGUCUGCGACACCGAGCGAGCCAAGGAACACAGGCCCUUCCAACAACCGCUCCAGGUCCAGCAGCUUCCACAGGGUCCGCCCCCAGAAACGGGGGGACACUCCCCACCCAGAGGGAACCUCGGCUGCUCUGCAACGUUCCAGCAGCGCAACCAAUCUCAGCAAGAUCCCAGCCCCAGCUCCCAGCGGCCGCCCGAUCGCUUUUGGAGGGCCAGCAUUCACUGUGGCUGUGAAGAAUGUCCUCCUGGCUUUAUUCCAGCCCCAGACCACUGACGCCGAGGUUCAAAUCGGCCAAACUGCCAGCACCGAAGGUCAAGAAACAACAUUUGCAACAGCUACCGAGGGGCUUGAGCCAAGCGAUCUCCUGGAAGCUGCUGGACUUGUCAGCGAUGCCAAACACUCCCCAUCCAAACAGAGGACUCAGGGUGACUGGGAGGUCAACAAAAACCAAGAGGAACUCAGCCCCCAGGUGCUGGACCUUUGUAACCUCAAAAGGAAACACUCUCUGCUGAACGGGAGCUUUCAGGAUUCUGAUCUGGAUGUCGCAAGUGUUGCUGACAUUGUCCGAGUGACAGCGAAACGAUUGAAAAGGCUCGAGAAUCAGAAAGCUGCUGGAGACGAGGAAACUCAGCCAUCGGUCACCCCAAUGACGUUGAUCAUGCAGCUACUUGGGAAGGAGGUGCCUGGGCCUCCAGAGCUGACCCGUUACAACUGUGAAGUGAAUGCUCCGUUACCUGAUAGGCACCAUCUCCUACAGGGCCCUGAGUUACUGAAAGCUCUGGAUCAGUCCUCCUGAGCUCCCUCGCUGAACCUACUGCCAUUGGGAGGAUUCUGCACUGCCCCCCAGUGGGUUGUGGCGUGGGCAGGGGGCAGGGGGCAGGGGGCAGGCAGUCAGUUUUGUAACCUGAAUAGACAGUCAUCGUUUCCAUGGAGCUACGAGCUUUGCGAAUGAGUAAGCCAGAGUUUGGAGAGUCAAAGUUGGAAGUUUUCCCUCUUGCUCACUAAAAUCCAAUGUCCGUUCGCUGGAAAUGAAGUGAAAUCUAACCAGUUUGAUCAGUUGUGCUCCCAAUCCCACCCUUGCUCCGGCUGAUCAGCUACACAACCCUCUCCCCUCAUGUACUCUGCCGGCUCUCUCCAAGCAUUGGCCCAAGGAAGGGUUUUGGGCUGAGGAUUGAUUGGGAGUUUCUCUGUUUCUGGCAGACAGCUACCUCCCUAGAAACACUACCCCCCCCCCCCGCCAAUUCUGCCCUGGCCAAUCCCAAAUGUGACUGUUUAGUUCAGGAGAAACCAAUGACUGUCCCUCCUUAAAAACUAUCUGAAGAUCUCUCAAUCUCCAUCUAUCUGAUUGUGUCUCUUUUUCUCCAAUCAUCUCUCUUUGUCCAUUCUCCGUCUGUAUCUCUAAACAACUAUCUCUGUCAUCUCUCGCUGUCUCUGGUUGUCUUACUUUUGUUGUAUCAAUCUAUCUUUUUGUCACUCUGUCAUCUUUGUCUGUUUCUUUCUGUUAUUCAUGUCUGUAUGUUGUCUGUCUCUCUUUUGUCUCUAUCACUGUCAGUCUACCUCUGUGUUUCUAUCAUCUAUCUCAGUCUCCGAUGGUCUCUCUCUCUCUCUGUAAUCUUUAUCUUUCCAGCUUUGACUGUUAUCUGAAUCAUUUUGUCUGUCUCUCUCUGUAGUCUUUGUAUACCUGUGUCAGCCAGUGUUUGUCUGUCUCUCAUCUGUAUUACAGUCAGUCCCUAUCUGUAUGUAAUCUUACUGGCUUUGUAACGCUGUCAGUAUUCUGUCUGCAUACCUCAUUGUGCUAUCUUUGUCUGUCUCUUGCCUACCUCUACAGAGUUGCGUUGGGAGUAGACACCAACAUAACUGUAGCUUCAAUUAUAGGAAGGAACAGACCAGGAAUGUGAGCCAAAAUUCCCUGGAACACCUGUGUUCUAUUGCAGCUGAUCCCAGGGUAGUCUGCUGAACACGCAUGUACCAAACAUUUCACCUCGAAAAAUCCUCCUCUUUAAAUGAAACACGAUUCAAAGCUGGGAGGGAAUCAUUCUGAACAGAUUGCAUGCUUUAUGUGAGAAUGAAACCAGUUUCCUAAGUCCAGGACCAAGUCAAUUAUUCCCUGUCUGUGUGCAUGGGCUGUCAUGUACCAAGACAUCGUAGCCACUCUCGUAAUCCUGUAGACCUCCCUCUCAGGGAGACACUGCUCUUCAGACUGUUUUCUGCAGGAUUGCAGAUGUGGAGAAACUCCUUUGUCUGUAGGUUCCUGCUACCACUGUAUCUGAGGUAACAGGGACAGAAACCCUUAGCAUCGUUUUGUCAGGAGCCCUGGCACAUUAUCCCUGGGGAAUGAGAGGGAAGAAAGUAAAUUAAUAAGGAGGUGCCUCUUCCUUUCCCAGCUCCUACUGAGUCUGUCACCGACCUGGAUACUAAACUCUUUGGAUUCCUUCCUGAAACCCCUCUGUGUCUCAUUCCUCCUUUUUAAGAAUCUCAUGAAAACCUACCUCUUUGACCGAGCUUUUGUUUGAAUAUCACGUUCUGUGGUUUCGGCAAUGCUCCUGUGAAGUACCAUGGCAUGUUUAAGGUGCUAUAUGAAUGCAGUUUGUCAUUAUAAAUCCCUGCAGGCACCCCCUUGCUGUUCAGGGGGAUAACCACUCAGGAACAUAGGAUCCUCUCGGAGACAGAGGGGACACAGUGACAACACUUGUUCAUCUUUCAGUCCCUAGUCUCUGAUCUUAAUCACAGAGCAACGCACAUCACAGACAACCUCAAACAGAGAAGGGAACUUAAAGCUGUGACAGGGACAGCAGGGAACUGACUGUAGGCUUCUGGUCUUCCCAAACUCCACAGCUUUAGGCUCGGUACUGACCAGAUCAACACCUCACACUUAUUGCCCAGGUACAGGUGUGGGUCAUAGUCGCAGAUCCCCUACUAAUCUAUUCACUAAGCCCUGAACCACACAUUGAACAUUGAACAUAGAACAUAGAACAUUACAGCGCAGUACAGGCCCUUCGGCCCUCGAUGUUGCGCCGACCUGUGAAACCAAGUUUUGAGGAGUAGAGGAAACAUUAGUCAAUUGCUUACCUGUUAAAAUACCAAGAGCCACUCACUACAGAGCAAGCAAGAAAGAAAUCAUUGGCACAAAAACAGAAAUUGCUGGAAAAGCUCAGCAGGUCUGGCAACAUCCGUGGAGAGAAAUCAGAGUUAACGUUUCAGGUCAAGUGACCCUUCCUCAAAAUGUUCCGAGGAAGGGUCACUUGACCCGAAACUCUGAUUUCUCUCCACAGACGCUGCCAGGCUUUUCCAGCAACUUCUGCUUUUGUUCCUGAUUUACAGCAUCUGCAGUUCUUUCGGUUUUUAUUAAAGAAAUCACUGGUGCAAUCUUGAGCAAUUUGUCAUGGUGCUACAGAGCCAGGUCGCUAAAUCUCCAGGAUGAGCCUGGUAUCUUCAGGAGUUAACAAGUUUUCACUCCUCGUGCACAGAGCUGGAGGGAACAAUCACAGUGGCAUUAAAACACAACACUGUUCUCCUCCCGCCCCGCCUCAUUUAAUUUGAAGAUUUUUUUUUGUUGAUUGGUAUUUAGGAAUAUUAAUGCUGGGAAAAGAGGUACUUUGGCCAAUGAGCAAGAAAAAUCUCAUUGGGUUAAGGGUCACCUUGCUGGUUGGCAGUUCUGCGGUUGGCCUAGGUAGUGAGCGUGGGGUAGAGGGGUGGGUGAUGAUGGCAAAAGCUGGGUGUUGGGAGAAUGGCCAACUCUGCUGGGACCCUCACUCCAGCUGCUGGCAAAGAACUGCCAAGGUAAGGGCUUGAGGGGGAACAAAGCAUCAGCAAAGAGAGCCAGUCAAGGAGCUCCCAGUGGCACUCUGCCCAUGGUGGGACAUCUCUCGAUGGGGUCAUGUUGGUUCCUGUUUCCAGGAACUUACUUCUAUGUUCCCCCUUUCCCAGGGAGCGCUGAUCGUGUCCCUCUGCUCCCAGAGGCUUUGCUGAACUGAUUUAUCUUCUGACCUAACCCUGAGUCAUUUCUUGUCGUCGAUUAUUCCGUGAUUGGUGAGAAUAUAACGUGAUAUUACCAGAAUGAAAUCACCACAAUUAUUAUUUUAAACUGUAACUGAUGGGAUUUUCUUAUUCUGGGAAAUAAAAUAAUCUUUAAUA